UUGCAGCCCUGCCGCUUGUUGCUUUUCAUCUCUCGUAUUCUGGUUUCCCCUGCAAUUUAGGGGACGUUUUGCCAUUGGUACAUUUUUCCAACAAGAUGAGCCGCGAAGUACUCGAUUAUCCUAUCAAACGCAUGAGCCCGAACCGCCGCUAUCGUGUGAACGUUGUACACGAAGAUUUUGGCGGCGACAAGUGGAAUGGCGGCAACAAACAAGGCCGCCCAGCAAACAAGGGCUAUGAGGAGCCCGAUCUUUACGGCGAAGAAGACGACGAGGAAGACCCAGCCGUCGCCCAGAUUGUAGAGAAUGGUGCUGACGGCUAUAAACUUUCAUUCCAUGUGUCAAAAUCAUUCUAUGGCGGACUGAUUGGCCUCAAGGGUCAAACCAAACGUCGCAUCGAGAAAGAAACACAAUCGGAAAUGUACAUUCCACGGCAGCACGAGGAGUCGUCAAAUGUGACGAUCGUGGCCAGGGAUCGCAGCCAGGUGUGUGCCGCCUUGCGCCAGAUACGCAGCUUCGUUGGCUCCCUGCGCAGGAAGAUGCGUCCAACCCAUUUUCUGGCUGUUCCAUUGAACUUUGGCGAAGUGCAGAAUGGCUUUCUGGAGCUUAAGAAAAGUAUUUUGGAGGCCCAGUUUCCGGGUAUCGGCGAGGAACUCUUCAUUUCCGAGAUCUGUAUCCACAUUACAUUGGGCGUGUAUGUGCUGCUGGAUGAAAACGAGCGCAAGAAGGCGCUGGAGGAGCUCGAGUUCUGUCGCUCUAUCCUGUCUGAUCUCACAACUCCAUUCGAGAUUAAAGUCAAGGGUCUGGAGAUCAUGAACGAUGAUCCAAGCUCCUCGCGCAUUUUGUACGGCUGUGUUGAGGCUCCUGAGCUGCAGAAGUUCGCCGACCGAUGCCUCGCCCAUUUCCAAACCACUGGAUUUGCCGCCACGGAUAACAACAAACGCGAUUCCAUCAAGCUGCACAUGACCGUGCUAAACAAUCGCUAUAGCAAGAAGGCCAACAGUGCAGCCAAGACUCCGAACAGCUUCGAUGUCCGCGAGCUACUGAAACAAUUUGGGGACUUUGACUUUGGAACUGCCCAAUGCAGCGCCGUUCACUUGUGCGCUCUAAAUUCGAGUGGAGCUGACAGUUUCUACAAGAUUAGUGGCAGUCUUAAAUUCUAAAAAGUUUAUCUGUCAAGCCUAAUCAACUUCAUAUUCAUUUAUAUUCAAUAAAUAUAAGAACAGAAAAACGUA